UUUACUUGGAGCAUCUUGAGUGGCAAAUGAGAUGAACAGAGGCGUUCCUGAUCAACACGCUGAGGAUGAGCUUGGCUGCUGGAUGUGUGCUGGGCUUCCAAUCCUACAUGCUGUGUUUCCCAGAAAGGUAAAUGCUGCAAAGUGUCACAUAGCCAGUAUCUGCUCUGCUUGCCUCUGUCAGCUGCUGCAGCCACUGUAGCUGCAUCCAGCACAUCAACAAGGCAAUUACUCUGCUGCUGCUGCUGCUGCUGCAACACAUGAACCAGAAGAAUGGUGGAUUUAGACAGUGAGGUCCCUCCACUUCCCCCCAGAUAUAGAUUCCGUGAUUUGCUUCUAGGAGACCAGGCUUUGCAGAAUGAUGACAGAGUGCAAGUGGAGUUUUAUGUGAAUGAAAACACCUUCAAAGAAAGGUUGAAGCUUUUCUUCAUCAAAAACCAGAGAUCAAGUCUCAGAAUCCGGCUAUUCAACUUCUCAUUAAAACUCCUCAGCUGCAUGCUAUAUAUAGUGCGGGUCCUGCUUGAUAACCCUUCUAAAGGAGAUGGAUGGUCUUCUAUAAUAUGGGUGAACAGAAGCCUUCCUGUAUGGGGAAUGCAGGUGACAGUGGCAUUAAUAAGCCUUUUUGAAACUAUCUUGCUUAGUUAUCUCAGUUACAAGGGAAAUAUUUGGGAACAAAUUCUUCGAAUACCCUUUAUUUUGGAAAUGAUCAACACUGUGCCAUUCAUUAUUACUAUAUUCUGGCCUCCUCUGAGAAAUUUGUUUGUUCCUGUUUUCCUAAAUUGCUGGCUGGCUAAACAUGCCCUGGAAAAUAUGAUUAAUGAUCUUCACAGAGCAAUCCAACGAACGCAAUCUGCAAUGUUUAAUCAAGUUCUUAUUUUGAUAUCAACAUUGUUAUGCCUUAUAUUUACCUGCAUUUGCGGGAUUCAGCACUUGGAACGAGCUGGGAAUCAACUGACAUUUUUUGAUUCUCUUUACUUUUGCAUUGUGACUUUUUCAACUGUGGGAUUUGGCGAUGUCACUCCAAAGAUCUGGCCUUCAAAACUUCUUGUGGUGAUCAUGAUCUGUGUAGCACUGGUGGUUCUUCCUAUUCAGUUUGAGCAGCUGGCCUACUUGUGGAUGGAGAGACAAAAGUCAGGUGGAAAUUAUAGCCGGCACCGCGCGCAGACCGAAAAACAUGUGGUGUUAUGCGUCAGCUCCUUGAAGAUAGAUUUGUUGAUGGAUUUCCUAAAUGAGUUUUAUGCACACCCAAGGUUGCAGGAUUAUUAUGUGGUUAUUCUGUGCCCCACUGAAAUGGACGUGCAAGUUAGAAGAGUGCUUCAGAUCCCUUUGUGGUCUCAGAGAGUUAUAUAUCUACAGGGUUCAGUCCUUAAAGACCAAGAUCUACUAAGAGCAAAAAUGGAUGAUGCAGAAGCCUGUUUUAUACUGAGCAGCAGAUGCGAAGUAGACAGAACAGCAGCUGAUCAUCAGACAAUAUUAAGAGCAUGGGCAGUGAAAGACUUUGCUCCCAACUGCCCACUAUAUGUACAGAUACUGAAGCCUGAAAACAAAUUCCAUGUCAAAUUUGCAGAUCAUGUUGUGUGUGAAGAAGAAUUCAAGUAUGCAAUGCUAGCUCUGAACUGCAUAUGCCCAGCAACUUCAACACUUAUCACCUUGCUAGUUCACACUUCAAGAGGACAGGAAGGACAACAGUCCCCAGAACAAUGGCAGAAAAUGUAUGGUAGAUGCUCGGGAAAUGAGGUUUACCAUAUCAAAAUGGAAGAGAGUAUUUUUUUUGCUGAAUACGAAGGGAAAAGUUUCACAUAUGCCUCAUUCCAUGCACACAAAAAGUUUGGCGUCUGCCUUACCGGUGUUAGAAGAGAAGAUAACAAGAAUAUUUUGCUGAACCCAGGGCCAAGAUACAUCAUGAAUGCCACCGACACUUGCUUUUAUAUUCAUGUCACAAAAGAGGAGAAUUCUGCUUUCAAAAUGCAAGAUCAUCUUGACAAGUUCAGCAAAUACAAGUCGUCUUACCACGGACCAUCCAGACUACCUGUACAUAGUAUAAUUGCAAGUAUGGGUACGGUGGCAAUAGAUCUGCAAGACACAACAUGCCAUUCCUCCAGUGGCCCAACAUUAACUCUUCCUUCAGAAUGCAGUAAAGAAGGAAGGAGACCCAGUAUAGCCCCUGUGCUAGAAGUAGCUGACAAUGCCUCUAUACAGCCAUGCGAUCUUCUUAGUGACCAAUCAGAAGAUGAAACCAACCCUGAAGACGAUGAAUGUUCUGAAGCUAAAGAAUAUCUCAAAGGAUAUCCACCUAAUUCCCCAUACAUCGGGAGCUCCCCUACAUUUUGCCACUUACUGCAAGAAAAGGUUCCUUUUUGCUGUCUACGUUUGGACCAGGGUUGCCAGCAUAACUAUUAUGAAGAUGCAAGAGCAUAUGGCUUUAAGAAUAAAAUAAUCAUUGUUGCUGCAGAGACAGCAGGCAAUGGAUUGUAUAAUUUUAUUGUUCCUCUCAGAGCUUACUACAGACCAAAGAAGGAGCUUAAUCCAAUCAUAUUGCUUCUAGAUAACCCGCCAGAUUUGCAUUUUCUGGAUGCAAUCUGUUGGUUUCCAAUGGUCUACUACAUGGUGGGCUGUAUUGACAACUUAGAUAACUUGCUAAAAUGCGGAGUGACAUUUGCAGCCAAUAUGGUUGUUGUUGACAAGGAGAGCACAAUGAGCGCUGAGGAAGACUACAUGGCUGAUGCCAAGACAAUAGUUAAUGUGCAGACACUUUUCAGGUUAUUUUCAAGUCUCAGCAUCAUUACUGAGCUAACCCAUCCAGCCAACAUGAGGUUCAUGCAAUUCAGGGCCAAGGACUGUUACUCAUUAGCACUUUCCAAGCUGGAGAAGAAAGAGCGAGAAAGAGGUUCUAACCUGGCAUUCAUGUUCCGCCUGCCUUUUGCUGCCGGGAGAGUAUUCAGCAUCAGCAUGCUAGACACUUUGCUGUAUCAGUCCUUUGUGAAAGAUUACAUGAUCUCAAUUACAAGACUUCUUCUGGGCUUGGACACCACACCAGGGUCUGGAUUUCUUUGUUCUAUGAAAAUUACAGAGGAUGAUCUGUGGAUUAGGACAUAUGGAAGACUCUACCAAAAGCUCUGUUCUUCAUCUGGAGACAUUCCAAUUGGAAUAUACAGAACAGAAUGCCAGAAACUUACCACAUCUGAGUCUCGGGAAAUGGCUUCCCAAUCCCAGUCCCAGAUUUCAAUAAGUGUAGAAGAAUGGGAGGACACAAAGGAGAUGAAGGAUCAAGCACAAAAUAAGAACAACCAUCGAAAUUCUACAUCAAGUGACCAGUCAGAUCAUCCAUUGUUGAGACGGAAAAGCAUGCAGUGGGCAAGGAGACUGAGCAGAAAAGUACCCAGACAUUCCAACAAAACAGCUGAAAGAAUAAGUCAGCAAAGGAUGACACUAUGUCGAAGGUCAGAGAGACAGGAACUUGCUGAAUUGGUCAAGAACAGAAUGAAGCACUUGGGUCUCUCUAUAGCAGGUUAUGAUGAAAUGAAUGAUCAGCAGAACACCCUGUCCUACAUCCUCAUCAACCCGUCCCCAGACACCAGACUUGAACUUAGCGAUGUUGUUUACCUUAUCAGACCAGAUCCACUGUCAUACGUUCCAGCCAAUGCAUCUAGACGAAAAAGCAGUUUCUGCAACACAACCGGACAAGACUCGAGGGAUGAAACGCUGCUUUGAUAAAUUAGUGCAUCAUCUGAACAAAGAACUGAUCUGUGACUGUUAAAUUGCUAAUAGCCAUCAGAAACUAAUAGGCUGUUGCUAUAUGGCAUGAACAUCUGUCCUCCAUUGUACAGGCUGAACUUGAAAACCAUGAGUUCAUGUACUGUACAAAAACAACUUCAUCAGUGUUAUUCUUAAUCCCGUCACUGCCAGAAUGGUUUAUUCUAGAAGCUAGAGAUGGCCUGAUAUUUCAGACUAGAUUUUAGGACAUUUUUAUAAAAGCAGCAGGGUUUUUGUACAGAACCAAUUGCUUUAGCAGCAUCUUGCGUUAUAUUGUAAUAUCAUUUUUGUAUUUUGAUAAUCACAAAAAUGUGUUUUCAGAAUUCUUGGAAAAGUGUGGUUUGUUGUAUUGUCUCUGUUGCAAAAUAAAUAAGGUCUCAUUUA